CAAACGACCGCUUCAAAGAUACAUUACUCAUUAUUUAAAUUUUUUUUUAUCCGUUUUUAUUCGAUUCACUUGGCACAAUGUUCGCGUCUAAAAUUCAAACUCAAAAUGAGAACAAAGUGAACUUUAAAAAGAAAACUUACGCGGAACUACAGGAACUGUAUGAACGACAACGCAAGAUCCUCAGUAACAAACGAUUCAUUGAAGGAUUACCUGACAAAGGUGAGAAACUGAAACAAUUUAUUGCUCAGCUGGACGUUGAACUGAACAUUCGUGACGUUCACAAAAAGCUGUGCACAGACAUGUUGGCGUUGAAUAUUGGCAAAGACCAAUUGGAUACCCUCGAAUGGACUGGUAAACACGCCACGGCGAUACAUAAGAAUAAUCAGUCAGAUGUCGUUGACGAUGAUGAAGAUGUGUUGAAAAUGUUUGCUUCACAUUCGGGAGUUUACCAAGAUAAAAUAAUCAUUAAAGAGAAACCAGAAAAACCAUUGAUUAAACCAUCGGAUUUAAUUGAGGAAGAUCCUAUUGAAAAUAAACAGCAAAAUUACGAUUCUAUAGAAUUUUCAGAAAAUAUGGAGCGUUAUGCUAAAAAUUUGUGUGGUCGUAUUGAUAAUCAUUCGUCUACAAAUAAAAAACAUUUUUUAUUAAAUAAACCGGCUGUACCAAACAAACAUAGUACAGUUAAAAUAGCAGAUGUAAGCCUCAAGGAAUCUGUCAAGUUACAGGUCACUUACGAUAGUAAAUUGAAGGAACUAAAAGCUGAGAAUUUGAAACAAAAAUCAUUUCCAAAGUUCGACAUGAGUAGUUAUCGAAACACAAGUUUAUUCAACUUUGAUAACAUUGAAGAUGAUAGUGAUGACGAUAAUGACAUAUUCGAUAAUGACAGUGAUGCAUAAUUUAAAAUUUUGUGUUGUAGUUGCUGUUAUAUUUAAAUUAUGUUCUUUGUAAAUAAACAACAUGUAAAAAUGUGUAAAAAUUAAAGUUAGGUUAAAUAUUUGAUUUUAAUUUUAUU